CUUCUGAUUUCUUCAAUGUAAUUAAUUCAAAUAGUAAACGACAAAUGAUCAUUAUUGAAUUUGGUUCAGGUCCUGCAGGACAAUUCUCAAUGCCUUCGCUAAAUAUAAAUAAUAAAAGACAAAAUGGAUAUAAACUCGUAAUACAAGCAUUUAAACAAGCUCUAAAAGACACUGAUUUCUCUCUUGGUGAGCUUGCUAUAGUGUGUGAUAUGGCUAGCGAUGAAAUAGAAGCAACUAGAUAUGCAGCUACAAUCUCUGAAGAGACUAAAGAACAUGUUUGGAUUGUAAUGCUUUAUGAUGUUGCUAAAUAUUUAAAUGAAAGAAUAAAGUUAUGUAUAUCAUGUUUUAAUCAUAUGGCUUAUAAACCUUGUAUUUAUUUUUCUCUAAAAUCUAAGACUGUGAUCUUUAAUAAUAUAAUCGCAUACUUGGCUGGUGGUCAAAACAAAAUUAUGGUAUCAAAAUUAUUUGAAGUAUUUAAUACUGAAUUUUCUGAAAGUGGACUUGCUAUUCAUUUUUCAAAAACCAUAUACAAUAUAAGCAAGUAUGAAAUUUCUUCAUAUAUCGAAAAGAUGGGUGGUCAUGCAGUAAUUAAAGCUCCUUAUGGCUAUUGCGGACAGGGAAUUUACAUAAUCACUAAUUCAGAAGAAUUAAAAGAAUUCUUUGAUGCUAAUCAUCAUUACAAAAAAUUUAUUGUACAAUCUCUUGUUAGAAGUGCAUUAUGGUCUAAAGAAUCAUGUUCUGAAAAAUUCUACCAUAUUGGUACUAUGCCAAAUUGUCAUAAUCAAACUUUUGUUAAUGACCUGAGAAUGAUGGUAUCUGCAGAUAAUACUGGAUUUCAUCCUGUGAAUAUUAGUUUACGACGUGCUAGUGAGCCACUACCCACCUAUCUACCAAAUAAUUCUAAUUGGAAUCCAUGGAAAGUCUUUGGAACAAAUGUAACUAGUUCUAGUGGGAUGGCAGGACAUGAAUAUGAAAGAAUAAUUACAAUUGACCAGAAAGA